UUUUCCUUUAGUUUCAGUUACAUCUUUUACCACUAGAGGGUGCAUAUGUUCCAUUUUACUGAUACCUAUACACUGAUACCUUCCCUUUAAGACACUGAGCACAUACACUACAAGUGCUGGGUCACGGUGAGCAACCGAACUUUAAAGUUGUGUGCGUUCAUGCAGAAAAACCACACAUACAUGCAGAUACAGACUCCAAUGCCUUUUGCCUGUAUUGUAUACCUUAAUGCUCACCAAUGUGGAUUGUAAAACCCAACUCAUUAAAGCUUUCUUGGAUGUUACUCUCUGAGCCCUUUACUCUCUAACCGGAGUCACCAGUUUUCCAAGGUCUAUCAGAACAAUCCAGAGGUUCCACCUCUACAAAUGGUCCUUCGAGCCGGAUGGUAGUAACCUUGAAGACAACAUGCAGUCAGAGAAUGAGAUAAGCAGCCCAGUUGUGCGGCCUCGUACUAAGCGGGAGAGACAUCCACCAGCCUACUUAAGCGAUUAUGAUGUUGGGUAUGAACCAAGCCACAUUCCAGAUUCCAGUGCAGAUGCAAGUAGUAUGACGCCAGUGGCUACCAUUCCCACUGCACGAUCAGACGAAGAGCCUGUGCCUUGCAGAACACCUUCAGCACCUUCAUCUGCGAGUUCACGUCACAGCCAAUCCAGAACAAAGUCCAGCAGAAGUGUCAGAUCCAGCCGGACCACAGCUUCACAACUGACAGAGAUACAGGCAGCUAUUGUAGAGGAGAAACUGAAGAGUAUGGAGCUUGCGGAGAUGCAGAGACAGAUGGUGGAGGAGAGCAAAGCUGAAGAGCAGUGCGAGUUUCUGGAUCAACAAGCACGCCUAGCACUAUUUGAGAAAGAAGAUUUACUCAGAGAGCAGCAAAGGAGAAGUCGCCACUUAGAUGAAGAGGCUCGUGCAGCACAUAAGACCAAAGAACUGAUCACCAAACAGCUCGAAAGGCAGCGCCGCAUUAAGCAGAAGGAGAUGGAGCUGGAGGAAGCACGUCUCAUUGCCUCACUUCUUCAAGAAUCAGAGACUGAAAAUGCAGCAACGGUUCCACAAACCAGACGUGAACUUGACUCAGGGCAGGUACAGACUGAUAAACUUUGUUUACAGAAGGUAGAGGUUGCUCACCACACACCACAUCAGUUAUCUGAUAAUACACAGCACUCUACACCUCACAUACAUCAGAGUGAUCCUGUAACUACUAAGUACACAACUUCACAUUCUGUUCCUGAGCACAUCACAUCUCUCUGUACAUCCAAAUCAUUACAUGCAGAACCCUUAACAGUUGUUCCUUCUCCUAUCUAUCCUGUAUCAUUGCCAAACGUGUUACCCCAAGUGGUAAAAUUGCAGACUGCAGAUGUUUACCCUCCUACAACGGUGCAGCCAUCCUUGUCUUUUGAGAGACAAACUUAUAGUCUAGGUCAGUCAGGUGCCAACCUUACAUUUUCAGCUAAACCAAAUAUGUCUCAAGAUUCAGCACGGACCAGUUAUGCCCAACAACCUACCUUUUUAGUUCCAGCAGACACUCAACCUCAUCCUCCAACAGGUCAGUUUCAACAGCCUGUUAGGCAACUACAGUUUAGCCCACAGCCAUUAUUAGCGCCCACUGUCCCGUGUGUACAGCCACAUUCACAGCCACAAACCCCGGUAAAUAUGAUGGACAUGUUGAUUGCCAGCUCAUAUGGUAUACCCAAACCAGCUCUGCCUAAAUUUGAUCGUGGUAAGGAGUCUGACUUUGCCCUACUCAAAAUGGCACUAGAUAGUCUCCUGGGUGGCCAUGCUCAUCUUACAGAGCAGUUCAAAUAUCAAGUGCUGCUAGACAGACUAAAGCUACCAAGUGCCUACAAAUUAGCACAAGCCUACAUGCAUGACCCCACCCCUUACACUAGGGCAUUGCAAGCCCUCCAAGACAAAUAUGGGCAACCCCGUCUGCUUGUACAGAGUGAACUUGGAGCUAUAUUGAACUCUCCACCAGUCAGAGUAGGAGAUGCUGAGGCAUUUGAUGACUUUGCGCUCUCAGUACAUGGUCUUGUGGGCAUGCUUCGUUCUUUGGAAGGUGAGAAUGGUUAUGAACUGAAAUGUGGCUCACACGUAGACAGACUUUUAGCCAAACUGCCUGCCAGUUACCGUGAUGGGUUUGUUGAAUAUUGUCUAAGUCGUGGUAUACUUAUAACUGGAACAGACAAAACAUACACUCUUCUGGACCUAUCAGCAUGGCUCCAGCUAAAAUAACAGGCAAAGCGCAUCUCCAGCCGAGCUGUUGACAUGUUUCAAGAGCAGAUGAAUCCUCACAGGAAAGGGAAGAGAAGUCAGAGUCAGUCAUCAUCUGUAUACUACAACACCAGUAGUAGUCCAGAUAAAACACCCCUUACCUCUCCGUCUCACUGUACCUUCCCACCAAAGCCGAGAGACAAGUUUAAACCUUAUUGUCCGUACUGUGACACACGAGAGCACUAUCUCAGUUUGUGUUCAAAAUUCAAGUCACUGACAACUACCCAGAUCGCAGAGUGGCUUAAAGGCAAAAGCUGUUACCGCUGUGGACGUAAUCACAAACCUGAGGCUUGUACCCUCAAGAAACCCUGUAAAAUAUGUCAAAAGCAGCAUCUUACAGUGCUACAUGAUGUGAACAUAGAAGAACCCAACAAGAUCCUUAUGGUUAGUGCCUCUCCAAACACCAUUUAUCUUGACCGUCCUAACCGUCCUCAACAGGUCAUGUUAAAGGUGGUCAAAGUACUUUUGCAUAAUGCCGAAAACACACUUGAGGCAUAUGCUUUGCUG